AGUUUAGUGGAAUAAAUCCGAAAUCUAAGUCGAUUCGAACAUUGGAUGAUUAUUUAUUAUCACUAAAAGAUGACGUGGAGGAAUACGCCUUGUUACAAAUCGGCUUCUGUUUAGCUAUGAAUUCGCAAAAUUCUGAGCAAGAACUCUGGCAAUUAUAUCCCUACAGCUUUUAUACACUUUCUUCCGAAAUUACAAACACGAUUUUUCUUAAUGAGAGUAUGAAAUGGCUCAGAGAUAACGGAUUCAGCCUAGAUAAAUGGAUCGAUCAAGGGAUGGAUUUUAAGAGGUUAGGGGAUCGUUAUUAUAAUUCUGGCGGUUAUAUAAUGAAGAGGAACAGGUCGAAUCAGUUACAUGAGGUGAUUCGGACAAUAAUUGAGUACCGAAUUCCACUUGUUUUCCACAACGGAAUGCUCGAUAUUCUUCACAUUUAUGAUAAAUUUAUCGCUCAAAUCCCCGAAAAACCAACUCAAAUCUCAAAAGAAAUUUCAAAAAUAUUUGUUGGAGGGAUAUUUGAUACAAAGCUUGUUGGUAAAUAUUUGUUUGAUAAUCUCAAUUGUACACUUUUAAAAAACACUUGUCUCCCCGUUCUUUACACUACUCUCACCAGUAUGUGUGAUAUGAAGAACUUGGUCUCGUUAGCGAAGGAACGAAGUCACUUAAACUACUUCGACAAGGACACUGGAAACAUCAACGAUAAACUCUUCCAUGACGCCGGAUUCGACUCCCUCGUUACCGCUAUCGUGUUUUGUUUGGAGUUGGAGAUACUGGCGAGGAGUGAGAAUUUGAGGGCUGAGAAUCUGGUUGAGCUGGGAAACAAAAAGGAUUUGGGGAAUCAUAUCCCGAAAUUAAUCAACUGUUACCACGUCCAUGACCCAAUUGAUGAAGCAAUUUAUAACUUCACAGAACACUCCAAAAGAAAUUAACAGUAAGUUAAACCUUCCAAAUAAUAUUUUCCCACCC